UCUGCGAGUGCGCUCUUGAAGUUUCAGACAAAUUGGGGAUUUCUCUCGGUCAGUACGGGACGAAAAGUCACUGCGGACUUUACUCAAGCUAUUUACUGUGAGAGCAAAGCGGAGCUCCAGUUGAUGAAGUGAAAAAGAUUAAAUCAAUUCAGAGGAGACGCUUCCAAUUGAAGGAGAACGUUUUUGGAAACUUCUUUAUUCCACCUGAAAGAUCUCAAACGAAAGAAACAGAGGGCAGCUUUGGAAGGAGAUACUGUGUGUGGGAGGUACACACCACAGUGGGACCCUACCAGUCAGCAGUGUCACCUUUGUCUGUAUUCGUGUUUUGACUGACCCCGGGCCUCACUCUCAUCCUGUGUGAGUGGACCUCUGUCACCCUGUGCUGGUUGUGUUUGUGGGCUCCCAGCCGAACCAAGUCCUCUUCCCCCUCGUCUCCCCUUUAAGCCGUCCGGUUCCGUGGCUGCCUCUCUCUCUAUGCACAUCAGCCUGUGCGUGGCCCCCAAAGAGUCUCGGCCCUUUCAUGGAACUCCGUCCCUUGGGGCCCCCGCGAGCCCUACUGCUGCUAACCGUCCGCCAGCGCUGACAGACAUGGCCGCGCUCCCUGUGCCCUCUCAGUCGGCCCCUCUGGCCCCUCCGCCUCCCCCGCCACCACCCCCUCCUCCACCCCCGCCUCCUCCUCUGCCUUUGUCUUCCUCCUCGUCGUCCUCCUCCUCAUCCUCUUCCCUGCCGGAGUCGGCGCUCUCCUGCCUGGAGUCCAAGCGGCGGCAGCGUCUCCGGAAGCUCAACUGGGAGCGGAUCCCGCGGGAACGCGUGGAGGGACGCCAGAGCGUGUGGACUGGGCCGGCUGCCGCCAGUGACGAGGACUUCCCGCUGGACCUGCGCUCGUUGGAUGAGCUGUUCAGCCAGAAGGAGGCACGCACGUCCCAGCGCUCCGGAAGCUUCCGCAGGAGCCUGCUGCGCUGCCGCUCGCCGCAGGAGACCGGUCUUGACAAGGUGACUCUCCUGGACUCCAAACGGAGCAUGAAUGUGGGCAUCUUCCUGCGGCAGUUCAAGACCGCUGCCACAGAGAUCGUGGAUGACAUCAGACAAGGGACCGGCGGUCGUUAUGGAGCUGAGAAGCUGUCUGAACUCCUCAAGCUGUUGCCUGAUACUGAUGAGGAAGCCCGACUGAAGAAGUUCACUGGGGAGCGCAGUGCUCUGGGGGAGCCGGACCUCUUCAUGCUUCUGCUGGUGGAGGUGCCCAGUUUUCGCCUGCGUCUGGACGCCAUGAUUCUGCAGCAGGAGUUUGACCCCGCCGUGACCUCUCUCUGUGUGGCGGCCAGAUGUCUGAGGGAGGCGGCCAGAGAGCUGCUGAGCUGCCCUGAGUUGCACUCCAUCUUGAGGCUGGUACUGAAGGCAGGAAACUACAUGAACGCCGGCGGCUAUGCCGGUAACGCUGCUGGAUUCCGUAUCGCUUCGCUGCUGAAGCUGGCCGACACCAAAGCCAACAAGCCAGGCAUGAACCUGCUCCACUUCGUUGCCAUGGAAGCUGUGAAGAAGGACGAGGGCCUACUGUCCUUCCCCAACCGCCUCUCUCUCUUGGGCCCUGCCUCACGGUUGUCCGAGGAGUCUGUGCUGGAAGACCUCUCUCGACUCCAAAGCAGGGUGGCGUCUCUCUCACACAGCGCCCAGAAUGAGCCCGAAAUCCAGCAACAGAUGCAUUUCCUGGAGGUGGCGGAAGUGCGUCUGCAGGAGGUUGAGGAGGAGGUGCAAGCCCUUCAUCAGAGCAGCCAGGCUCUGGUGGACUUCUUCUGUGAGGACGAGACCUCCUUCAAACUGGAGGAGGCCUGCCGCAUCUUCCACUGUUUCUGCCACCGUUUCCAAAGAGCUGUGCGAGAGAACGGUGAGCGCGAGCAUGCAGAACUGAGGCGUGUGGAGAGGGAGCGCGAGUGUUCGGAACGCCGGCGUUCCCUGGCGCUGUGUUCUUCUCCAGUCCUCUCCGGGGGCGAGAGCACAGACGACCUGGAGCGAACGCUGGAGCGCGGCCUGAGCCGCAGCAGGAGCAGACGCAGCCUGCGCAGCUCCUCGGACGUGCGCAGAAUCUGGGAGGACGUCUUCGCAGCGGACACACUCGGAAAGGAAGUGCAGGACUCCACAUGGACCGUCUCGAACACCCUUCACAGAUUUGAGGGGAGCGUGGCCAAUCAGCACACAGAGAGUGUCAUGACGACCCAGCAAACAGGAAAUGCUAAUACCGCAGCUAUGCAACACAUGCUGUCCGCAUCUCAUCCAGUGGCUCAGCACUCAACACUGCACACAGACAGCAUGGCAAACAGACCAACGUUAACACACUGUCGUGAUGGAACAACUCACACACCACACACAUUAAACACCCAUUCCGUGGUCAACCAGCACACACUGAACCCUGACGCUCAGAGUAUGCUACACACAGAUAUCACACACUUUCAGCAGGGACAGGCCACUGAUGUUCAGUACGCUGUUAGCAACAUGGCCGCCACAUGCAUGAAGAUUUCUAGCAGUCCAAGCACACUAAGAGGGCCUGUGAGCUCUCCAGAAAACACUUCGGUAAACAUAUCUCCCAGUCCUUUGGGAAAGUCAGCUGACCUCUCAGGAAUUGCUGGACCUAGCCCUAGUAACAGCCCCACCCUUCUGGGAGUCUUAGCCUGUACCCAAGCGAAGAGGCCAGUCCAAGAAACAUCCGGAAGCUUAUCGCCAGUUGACAUGGUGGUUCCGGGUGGCGUUCCAAACAAGCCGUCCAGUAAGAUGACCGUAUCGAGACCGAGCAGCAUCCGACUGCCCGUUCGCACACCUGAGAGAGACCCCCCUCCAAAGGUGCCCUCCGAGGUCGCAGCUGUUGCCCCUUCCUGCCUCGACGAGCCUUGCCCUGCCGCGCGACCCUCUCGGGGGUCCAGCCUGCCCUCUACGCCCUCUCGCCCCAGGCCAGCGGUGGCGGAGGAGGCCGAGCGCACGUACCCACGUGUGGGCGAGACCCUGGAGUGCCACAUGCUGGUGCGCGGGCUCCGUUCGUACGAGAGCCUGGCCAAUGCCACCCACUCGCCAACCACCCCGCUGCCACGCCCGGCACCUGGCCACUGCUCCAAGUGGAAGAAAGAGAGAGAGGCGGAGGAGAGGGAUGGGACGCUCUCUCCGUCUUCAUCCUCCUCCUCCUCCGUCAUCCACGCAAAAGAUGACCCGCACGGCGGCAAGAUGGCCGCCCGUGGGCCAAAGAGGGGGCUGUAUGCGUUGCGUUCCAUACCUCCUAACAGCUCGGCCACCACGAGAGUUCGCGCCAAACCUGUGCCGGCUCCUUCCGACUCCCCUGCUGCGCCCUCCCGCCUCACUCCUCCCCGCACCUCCUCCCUGCGCUCCUCUGCCAUCACGCGCCCCACCGCCUCCCCCGCCCAGCUCCGCCGCAUCAGCAGCGCCAAGGAGACCACCACCGGCCAGCUCGUCCGCCGCGCGGCGGAGAGGGUGCCGGAGAGAGGGGCUGCGGUAGGCGAGAGGGAGAAGGCUGCGGCCGCCAGUCACGAACCGUUUGUUCGCGGCUCCCCUUUGCGGGUCUCCAAACGGGUGGCACCGCAUAGCGAGGCCACAGUGGCGACGCAGACGCGUGGCGGCGCUCACAGCCCUUCAUCCUCCUCCAGCACGCCCAAGAACAUCCGCACCGCCGUCAUCUCCGCCGCACGAGCCAAGACCAGCAAAACUGAGACGUCCGCACCCAAGACCCCGCCCGCCACGGGCACACGGAUCCCCGGGCCCAAGAUGGCCCGUGCCGCCUCUCAGCCCACAUGGAAGUGAAGAUGCAACUAGCUUUGAAAGACACUUACACAAUCAGACGUACCUGCACAUGCAGAUGUAUCAUGUGUGUGUUCAGGUGAAUUGGGGAUUAUGGACAUGCACGUCCAAUGUGUUCAUUUUGUUUCCAUGACAAUAAGAUCACAUUCAGACUCUAGUUCACUCGUCAUUCAGCUGACCUUCAGCUGACCUUCUCAACUCUACACUAUCUGGAUUCUCAGUUUUUGUGUUUUUUCUUUUGGACACCUUGGGAUGAUCAAUUGUCUGUCUUCUCCCUCUUGAUUGAACAUCCUAUGUUUCUGGAGACAAGGUUACGAUAUCCUAGCUUUUGAUCUUCGUCUGCAUAGUCUUUUGAAACUGAAGAGAGCUGUCAUCGUAAGUUCUACCUCCACAACACUGUGGCCUUUUCCGGGGAGAUUUCAGAAGGGCUUCUCCUGAGAGGAGAAAGCUGCUUCAACAUGCCAGUUAACUUCAGAGGAAUCAACUGCCAUAUUUACUGUUGUUUUUCAAACAUGUCUCUGGUCAUCAGUUAUACAGGUUCAUCAUGAAAGACAGUGUUUUCAUUUUCAUCAAGUGAUUGCUCAAAUGCCUGUGCAUUUGUAAGAUAUAUGUGGCUGAAGUUCUAUGGGCUAGCUGUUACUGACAUCCUGUGUUGCCUUCUAUCUUUUCCAUGUUUUUUGACCUUGUGCGUAUGUGUGUGUAUAUUUGUGAACUUGAUCAAAGUGAGCCAUUGCACAUCAGCAGCUAGGUACAAAAAAAAAAAGACAACCUGUAUUAUUGAGAAGAAAUGUGGUGGGUUUUGUCAAUGUGAUUCUUAGUGUGUCUUUUUUUCCAAAGCAGCUUAAUCUAUGGGAGUGUUUUUCUUGUGGCCUGGUACAGCUGGAUGCCGAUGGCCAGCUGGUACUCCGUGGGUCACUGUGGGUCGCUCAGGUGGCCUUCCUUUGUUGCACUUUACAAACUAAAGACAGAAGGGUGUUGGGGACGAAUUGAUUAAUUUCUUUAAGAUAAUCUGCUGUAUGUUUGUAGUGUUUUUGUCAAAGAAGAAAAAGUAUCAUACUUGUCCUCAUAAAAAUGUGGAUUCCUAUUGUAAUAUUUGUAUUCCUUUGUAAAUAAGAGAAAAUAAAAUAAAGAUGGCUGUUGACAGUU